GAGCUUAUUCGCAGUCUCAGCCCUCCACGCAGCUCAAGCUUCCUGGCUUUCAACAUGUUUUCUUCUUUGACUCGCCAUGCAUCCUAGGCUUCAGCCAUCCUUCUUAAAGUUCCCUUUCUGAUCCUUCCCCUGCGUUGCAGCGCUUAUUGCAAGCGAAAACGUUCCGACGGCUACUGUCAACGCUCUCCACAACCCUUUGCUAUGGCGAUCUUUCCAUUUCUUCUCGAGAUAUCGCUCUUGUUCUUAUACCCCAUUCUCGCUACGUCUGCUCCAAAUCUACAAGAUGCGCUCCUAAUCACGCCGCCGCCGAUACCAGAGCCGACUCAUUGUCCGUCUCCAAAUCUACUAAAGCGUCAACUGAGCUGCACGUAUGGGCAGUGUGGAGACAAUUGUCUGUCACAGGGCGCUUUCUGCUGUGGGCCCGCGGGGACCCUGGCGACUUCCCCAUAUUGGGUUUGCGACAACGGAGCAUGCAUAACAAGCGUCCGUGGAUCAACUGGCAUAGUUGACUGCUACGACCCCGACAACCCAUCUGGAACAACUCAGUCCUGCCACGACCAUGGAGCGACCUCAAGCUGCAGCUCAACCGAUCGCUGCUUUACAUGCGAUACCGAUGUCCCUUACUGCCAUUGGGAAACCUGGAUUGACAAACCCACGAACUCGCCAACUCUGAAAUGGUUCUCAUGCAUAGAAUCCCGAAUCGCAGACGCAACAAUCUUCGCCGCAAACAUCACAAUACCCUCCCAGACCAACCCAUCGACUUCGACCACAACUUCAACUUCGACCUCACCAUCUGGCAAUUCGUCACCUCUCUCCACAGGCGCUAUAAUCGGCAUCGCCGUUGGCGCUGGCAUAGCCAUCAUAGGCGCAGUUGCCAUUCUCCUCUAUUGCUGCUUCAAGAAACGCCAGACCUCCCGCCUUCGGCCUCAGGAGCUCAGUGCUGAAGAACAAAACAAACAAACAAGUCCCCCGCCAAUGAUAUACCAACCUCCGGUCGAACUUGACGUACCACGACACGAUCGCAGCGAGCUCGGCAGCACAACCGCAUACUCGCCACAUUCACAAAUAAGCACACCCUUCACGCCCCACGAUGAACGAUAUGCACAGAAUGUCGAGGAAAUCGAUAUGUGGCGAAGAGGGAUGGAUGCGUCGGAGCUGCCGACUAAGAUGCCGAGCUAUAUGGAGCAGCCUUCUCGAGAGCUCUAUGGGGAUGCGGGUGUUAGGAGGGAGGUUCAGGAUCCGAGGGAUAGUUGGGGUCGGGGAGAUGAUCUGGGUCAUAUGAGUCCUGGGGGUCAGACGGAGAGGUAGGCUGGCAGGGUGGUUUGUUUCCUUCCUCGUCACUAUGAUGUUACGAAUGGUGAUACCAGUAUGGCGUUCCAAGGAACCUUCCGGUUUGUAUUGCAUCAGGAGAUGGUUGGGUGAUUGGAGCUUCUUCCAUCCUCCAGAUCUUGGCACUCCCUUUUGACGGGUUACAUAUUGUAUCAUUAGUCUAACAGGACCGUCAUGUUGGCUGAAUGUUGCGGUUGAAUUGGGUAUCAAA